GUGUACAUGUGUAUAGUAACUGGAAAUCCAGGUUGUUGUCUCCCGAGAUUUGGUGUGUCUCAUUCUCUCUUUGGCCUUUCUCUAUAUAAAGUUCACAGGUCGAGAGAGACAAGGGACACCACUUAAACGAUCAGACAGUUGAUUAGAAAGAGAACUGUCGGAAAAUGGACGAUAUCAACCAAGAGUUCAACAAUUACUGGGAACCCAGCUCCUUCCUCCAAAACAAAGAGUUUGAAUACGACAGGUUUUCCUUCUUUUUCUUGAUUACUUUCUUUGAAGCACUUGAGUUUUUGAUAAUUUUUCUUGUUGAUAUAAAAAGCUGGCCGUUGGAGGAAUAUGAUUCGAGUUCUCCUGAUGGUGCGGCCUCGUCCCCGGCUUCAAAGAAUAUUGUGUUGGAGAGAAACAGAAGGCAAAAGCUUAACCAGAGGCUCUUUGCUCUUCGAUCUGUUGUUCCUAAUAUCACUAAGAUGGAUAAAGCAUCAAUAAUCAAAGAUGCUAUAAGUUACAUACAAGGGUUACAAUAUGAUGAAACGAAGCUUGAAUCCGAGAUUAGAGAACUUGAAUCUACACCAAAGAGUAGCUUGAGUUUCGGUAAAGAUUUUGAUCGUGAUCUACUGGUUCCUGUCACAUCCAAGAGGAUGAGGCAGCUUGAUUCUGGCUCUUCCCGUUCUCUCAUAGAAGUUCUUGAAUUUAAGGUAACAUUCAUGGGAGAGAGGACAAUGGUGGUGAAUGUAACAUGUAAUAAGAGGACAGACACAAUGGUGAAACUGUGUGAAGUUUUUGAGUCAUUGAAUCUAAAAAUCAUCACUUCCAAUCUCAACUCUUUCUCCGGCAUGAUCUUCAACACUCUCUUCAUUGAGGCAGAUGAAGAAGAACAAGAUGUGUUGAGGUUGAAAAUAGAAUCAGGAAUAGGAGCUUAUAAUGGAGCUCAGAGCCCCACUUGGAGCAUGGAGUCUCUAUACUAAAAAGUUUGUAUUUUUUAUUCUCUCUUUACAAAGAAAAAAAUAGUAUGUUUUUUUUUUCAUUUUCUCCUCCCUUCGUUUUGUUUUUCCAUCACGAAGACUUCUUUGCGUUUAUGCAAUGUCUAUAAUAAUCGUACACAUUGUUUU